AUGGCGCUCACCACCCGCGGCGGCGGCGGCGCCGACCAAGCGCAGCCUCCGCCGGCUCCCGACGCGAGCCUCGGUUUCCUCACGAAGCGCGACACGGAGGUCAAGCUCCCCCGCGCGACGCGGGUGAAGAACAAGACGCCCGCGGGGGUCCAGAUUACCGCCGAGCAGAUCCUCCGGGAGGCCCGGGAGCGGCAGGAGCCCGAGAUCCGCCCGCCCAAGCAGAAGAUCACCGACGUCCACGAGCUCGCGGACUACCGGCUCCGCGAGCGCAAGAGGUUCGAGGACCUCAUUCGCCGCGUCCGCUGGAGCGUAUCGGCGUGGGUCAAGUAUGCCAAGUGGGAGGAGGGCCAGAAGGACUUCGCCCGGGCUCGCUCCGUCUACGAGCGCGCCCUGGACGUCGCCCACCGCGACCACACCCUGUGGCUCAAGUAUGCCGAGUUCGAGAUGCGCAACCGCUAUGUCAACCAUGCCAGGAACGUCUGGGACCGUGCCGUCUCGCUCCUCCCCCGCAUCGACCAGCUGUGGUACAAGUAUAUCCACAUGGAGGAGCUGCUUGGUGCCGUCGCCAAUGCUCGCCAGGUCUUUGAGCGCUGGAUGGGAUGGCGUCCCGAUAUUGCUGGCUGGAACUCGUACAUCAAGUUUGAGCUGCGAUAUGGGGAGGUUGAGCGAGCUAGGGCAAUCUAUGAGCGUGCAGCGGACCUGCUUGUGGAUGAUGAAGAUGCAGAGGUGCUGUUUGUAGCAUUUGCUGAGUUCGAGGAAAAGUGUCGGGAGGUGGAGCGUGCUCGUGCGAUAUACAAGUAUGCCCUUGACAGAGUGCCUAAGGGCAGGGCUGAGGAUCUUUACAGGAAAUUCUUGGCAUUUGAGAAACAAUUUGGUGACCGUGAGGGGAUUGAGGAUGCUAUUGUGGGCAAGCGGAGAUUCCAAUAUGAAGAUGAGGUGAGGAAGAAUCCACUCAACUACGACUCAUGGUUUGAUUACAUCAGGCUGGAGGAGAGCGUCGGGAAUAAGGACAGGAUCAGAGAUGUGUACGAGAGGAGUAUCGCAAAUGUUCCUCCUGCGGAAGAGAAGCGGUACUGGCAGAGGUAUAUCUACCUUUGGAUAAACUAUGCUUUGUAUGAGGAACUUGAUGCACAGGACAUGGAAAGGACCCGGGAGGUCUAUAGGGAAUGUCUGAAACUCAUUCCACACAAGAAAUUUACCUUUGCUAAGCUAUGGCUGAUGGCUGCGCAGUUUGAGAUAAGACAGAAGAACAUAAAGGCUGCACGGCAGAUUCUCGGUAAUGCAAUAGGUAUGGCACCGAAGGGGAAAAUAUUUAAGAAGUACAUUGAGAUCGAGCUUUAUCUGGGCAACUUUGACCGCUGUAGAACUUUGUACGAAAAAUACAUCGAAUGGUCUCCAGCAAAUUGUUAUGCCUGGAGGAAGUAUGCCGAACUGGAAAAGAACCUUAGUGAGACUGAUCGUGCUCGAUCAAUAUAUGAGCUUGCUAUCGCCCAGCCAGCCCUUGAUACACCUGAAGUUCUAUGGAAGGAGUACUUGCAAUUUGAAAUUGACGAAGAUGAAUUUGAUAGAGCAAGAGAACUCUAUGAGAGAUUGCUUGAUAGAACAAAGCACUUGAAGGUAUGGAUCAGCUUUGCUGAAUUUGAGGCCUCAGCUGGCUUGGGAGAAGACGAUGGAAGUGAGGAGAAUAAGAAUGAUGCUGGUUAUCAGGAACAGCAGACAGAGCGGGUCCGGAGGUGUCGGGCUGUCUUUGAAAGGGCAUUCGACUACUUCAGGACCAAUGCUGCAGAGCUAAAAGAAGAAAGAGCAAUGCUCCUGGAAGAGUGGCUCAAAAAAGAGUUGAGCUUUGGUGAUCUUGGUGAUGUCACUUUAGUGCAGAAGAAGGCGCCAAGGAAAGUGAAGAGGAAGAGACCACUCCCCACAGACGACGGCUCCAAUAUUGCGUACGAGGAGUACAUUGAUUAUAUCUUCCCUGAUGAAGUCACGCUGGCCCCGAACCUCAAGAUAUUGGAAGCUGCUUACAAGUGGAAGAAGCAGAAGGCAAACGACACAGAGGAUGACUGA